GAGGAGGAGGAUAGAGGGAGGGAAGGAGAGACAGGCAGAGAGCUCGGGUUUCCACCGCCGCAUCGGUGCCUUCCCCAUCUCACCCCACAGCCCACGAGGGGCCGGAGGUGGCCACGCAGCAGCCGCCGUGGGAUCGGUGGGAUCGCUGGGCGGCGCGGGGAGGAGAGCGGAGCGCAGGCAGCCCUGCACCCACUGUGGGAGCCCACUCGCCGCAGCUCCCGAGCAGCAUGGCCCUGAGAGCCGGAGGAUGCGUGUGAGGGAAGGAGGUGCGGAUCUCCGAGCGCAGAUGUGUUACCAGUGACCAAACCCAGAAGAGAUGUGAGAGGUAGCUGCAGUCAAGCCAUCAUCAGCCUGAUUCUGCUGAGAUCAGGUAAAAAAUACAUUUCACCAUGGGAGGAGUAUCAGGAAACCAGGAUUCCAGUUCUGCUCAUUUCUUGUUUUUGUGGAUACCUACCAAAAUUAAUGGGACUAUUCUUAGAGCUGACCCGAUGUCAAAUCAAUGGCUCAUGGUCCUUCCAGCUGCAAGACCAGGAGCAGUCUCUGGGUUGGUGCAAGAGCCCCACAGGAUGCAAAGAAGAUGAAGAUGGAAGGACCCUGGUUAGGUCUGCUAAUGGGCUAGGGCUUGCUGGCUUCGAGAACCAGACAUUUUUCCAACGAAUGGAUAAAUAUGAUGGAUUUCAGAAAACUCAAGAUUCUUGUUUUCCUUGUAGGGCUUAGCUGUGCCAGCUUUUGGUUUUCUUAUAUGCGUUUGACCGAAUUCUGUAUAUUAUGUGAAAAAAAACAGAAUUACUUACUACCUACACAGACUUUCAGGAGAAUCCAAGGAAACUUCUUGCAGCUCCCAGAUAUAGAUUGCCAUAAGAACCCGCCUUUUCUCGUCCUGCUUGUGGCAUCCUCAUACCAGCACAUCAAUGCCAGGAUGGCCAUCCGGCAAACCUGGGGGAAGGAGAGAACGGUGGCCAGCAAACGCCUUGUGACAUAUUUCCUCCUGGGAACCACUGUGAAUCUCAGACAGCAGGCUGACAUCGCUGCUGAAAGCCAAAAAUACAAAGACAUUAUUCAAAAGGACUUUAUAGACACAUACUACAACCUGACUUUGAAGACCAUGAUGGGAGUUGAGUGGAUUCACAAGUUUUGUAACCAGUCCAGCUUUGUGAUGAAAACCGACACAGAUGUGUUUGUCAAUGUUUUCUACCUCACCGAGCUGCUUCUAAGGAAAAAGAGGACCACAGGGUUCUUCACAGGCUUUUUAAAACUGCACGAGUACCCCAUAAGGGAGAGAGGGAGUAAGUGGUAUGUGAGCACAGAAGAAUAUCCAGGAAAGACCUAUCCACCGUUUUGUUCAGGGACUGGCUAUGUUUUAUCCACUGAUGUUGCUAGUCAGAUCUAUAAUGUUUCAGAGAGCACUUUGUUCAUCAAACUGGAGGAUGUAUUCAUAGGACUGUGCCUUGCCAAAUUAAACAUUCAGCUGGAAGAGCUUCAUUCAGAGCAGACGUUUUUUCCAGAAAAGAUUACAUUCUCUGUUUCUCGCUUUAAGAAAAUUGUGAUGUGCCAUCAAGUAAAACCAUCUGAACAGCUGAGCUACUGGAAUGACUUAGUGACAGAAGAACACGGAGGAGUGCUCUAGCACAUUCCCUGACUGAAUUAACAAGCUGAAAUGAUCUGAAUUUACAGGGCUGCUCUUGACUCCAGCAAAACUCCCAGUUAAUUCUAGACCCAUCAUGUUAAAGACAAUUUUCAUGGUUAUUUUAAUAUCCAUUUCUGCCUCAGAACACUGUAACCUCUUUCUCUCCUAUUCACUCCCAUAUCUUUCCAUCCCUGCUCCACAUAAGCAAUUAUUUUAUUUUUUUGUUUUUCUAAGAGAUGCAGGCACACAAAACUGUCUUCUCCGUGGUUCAACUCUCCAAAUCUUGCUGCUACAGGACUGGGAACAUAUCUACAGUGAAAAAAAAAAUAAAAAAAAAAUCAA